UGCAGCUUGUAAUACCUUACACCCCUUCCAACCCCUCUUUCUUGUUGUAUGAUAUGAUGCCUAUCACUGAUUUAUUCAUCAUUUCCAUUUACUUUCAAUCAAGAAUUGUUAAGUGGUAAACUAAAGCUACUCAUGGCCUGAUUGUAUAAAUUUCUCUAGAAGCAUUUCUAGGAGAGAAAAAUAGGAAGAAAAAUUGAAAUAAACUCCAUAAGCUAAAACUAGUUUAUGCAUGGGUUAAAAAUAAAAUUUUGGAGAAAUUAAUAGAAGGGAGUUUUUACAAAUUAGUUUAUGGAGAAGUUUAUUUCAUUUUUCCUUUCUAUGUUUCUAUCUUAUAAGUAUUUCUGGAGAAGUUUACUUAAAAAUCUAUUUAUUACUUAUUAUAAUUUGCAUACACUAACUGGGUGUAUUGUUAACUCCUGCAAAUUUACAUCUUUCAAUCCUGAAUUGUUAAUUGAAAGAUUAUGAACAUGUUUGUAUACAAACUUAAAAGGGCUUUUAAGAGUGUUUUACUGUAAAAUACUCUAUUUCCUAUAGAGAAACUCUCAAAAAUGUUUUUAAAUUUUAUCCAGAUAGACACUGAGUUAUUGAUUGAUUUGAAUGUACUAUUUACAUGUAGAGAUCAUUUGGUAAAUUUUCUGAUAAUAUUCAUCUCAGAAGCUUUGAACAUUUGGGUCUUUGAUCGGAGCUAAGAAGAGCAUGGAAGGUAUUAAGGGCGAUGAAGGAGCAGUCACAGUAGGAACCACCGGAACAAUCAGCUUGUUGAUGACAAGGGAAUUGGAUCAGAUCUCUUCUGUUCCACACCAGCAGGUAUCUUCAACAAGUAAACCUCGAAUAUCAUUUUCAAGUGGUAGUACUACGCCAAAACGCCCACAAUCAAGAAAAUCAUUUGAAGCUAGUAGCAGCAGCAGUAGAAACAACAUCAUAAACCAUAUAAGUCCUGGAAUUGGCCACAAAACAAAAGUUAAUGGCAAACAUACCCAUCAAAUACCCAUGCUUGGUUCCAAUAACGUUGCAUUGGAAACAAGUCCAGAAGUGAAGAAAAAAGAUAAAAAGAAGAAAUCUAAAAUUGUUGAAGUUGUGGACAUCAAAUGUGGUUAUGUAGAUAAAGCUUGGGCUAGCCCUAUAACAAAUUCUCUCAAGAAGUUGGGUUUUUCUAAGCUCUCUGAGAACAUUACCUAAAGCUGAAAUUUUAUGUCAGACUUCAGGUUCUUGUAGCUGAAAGCGGAGGUGAAGUUUGUCUUACUGUUGUCAGAUACAUCUACCACAGAACAGAUUCUUGGUAGGAGUUUGCUACUUGAUCGCUUUUUCUUUGUACUUUCUACUCUGGAUACAGUUGUCGGUCUGGAAUCAAUACUAAUUGAGGAAUCUAUGUUGAUGGUUUGAGACUUGUUCUUCUGUGACCAGUCUUGAGAAUUGACUUUGAGCCGGCUGAAGUACUCAAUUUCUUGCAUUAGAAGGGAUCCAACUGUACCUCUUGUUCCUAUUUCUACAGGAGGAAAUUCAGCCAUCUCUAUUGUGUUGCUUGUGGCAAGGAUGGUGGGUUUAUGCAUGCUUUAUUUUGUUGGUGUUAAGGAGAAAGCAAAUCUUGUGAUUGAAGAGGGGUGGUUUGUUAUAUUUUUUUGGUUGUGAACUUUUCCACAAACUGUGGGACAUUUUCUUAGGUUUGAAGAGACUUGGUUUCACAAGAACUCUCCACCUAUUUAUAUGAAGUGCUUGGUAUCUAUUUGUAUAGUUGGUGACAUAGUCUUUGCAUUCAUGUGCUUCUAGUUUUACACUUGAGCUCCUAACUAUUGUACUAUACUUGUAACUUCAAGUUUCAUCAUGUCUAGUCACAAGGAAAUUAGGUAACUAUUUGGGAGUCUAGUCUGUAAUUUGGACCAUAAGUUCACAUGAAAGAAUUCAAAUACUUAUUCAUUGCUCGUACAAUUUAUAAUG